UGGCUGUAACAACUUGCAGUUUAGCUCCAAAAUGGCGGAAGGUGACAUCACGAACACCCCGUCCAAUCCUCUUUCCGAGAGCGCCGUGUCCCCACGUGGGGACAGCGCUCUGCGAUUGGCCAGAGGGGGGGCAAACUCCUACUGCUCACCUGAUUGGGCCGCGAGAGGCGCUCUCGCGGCUGUUGAGCAGCCCCCUCGUGUCAGUGCUCUGUCUGUGUGUGGUACAGUGAGCCAGGCAGUGUGUGUGUGAGCGCGCUGGAGGAAAACUGGAGAGCAGAAGGUUGGUGAAUAACAGCGUCAAAACUUUUUUUUCCGAAAGAAAAACGACAUUUAACCCCAGUCUAACCCGAACGCGAGCUUUCGGUGGCACUGGGAGGUUCGAGUGGACGUACUGGACUCGCCACGAGCUAGCCGAGGCUCAAAUGCUGCGUGUGUUUACGGACCAAAGUCUGAAAGGCUUGUUUUUUUAAACCCUGGGCUUGGAUACUUGGAUAGAGGCAUCUCGAGUCGCCCGGCAUCGCCCGAGGUCGCUCCUGGGUGCUCCACGGCAGACCCUCCGCGGGGAGAUGAUGUGCUGUUCAACGGUUCGUCUCGGGCGAGCUCUUCGUCUUUGCGUUUGUGUGAAUCUCGGAGGGUUUUGAAGACUUGCUAAGGAACGGGCAAGCUCCCUUUUCCCCCACACCCCCCGUAGCUGAAGACAAAAGGCGCUUGUUGGGGAGCGGAUGAGCCGGGGCUGGCGCUGGGAGUGUUAGCGCCCCCGAUCCCUGCGAGGAGUUGGGCUCCGGAGUUCGCAGACCUGCGCGCUCGGGACUACUCGCUUUGUCCGCUGGGGAUUAAUUAAAGAAACGAAGAUAUUUCCUGGACUUCCCCUUCGAAAAGGGGUACACCGAAGAUGUAUCCGCAGGGCCGACACCCGGCGCCUCACCAGCCUGGGCAGCCCGGGUUCAAAUUCACAGUGGCGGAAUCCUGCGACAGGAUUAAAGACGAGUUUCAGUUCCUACAAGCUCAGUAUCACAGUCUUAAGGUGGAGUACGACAAACUGGCCAACGAGAAGACGGAGAUGCAGCGCCACUAUGUCAUGUACUACGAGAUGUCUUACGGGCUGAAUAUUGAAAUGCACAAACAGACUGAGAUUGCUAAACGGCUUAAUGCAAUCCUAGCUCAGAUCAUGCCUUUUCUGUCACAAGAGCACCAACAGCAGGUUGCGCAGGCUGUUGAGCGUGCCAAGCAAGUGACAAUGACCGAGCUGAAUGCCAUCAUCGGGGUACGUGGACUUCCCAAUCUGCCUCUCACCCAGCAGCAGCUCCAGGCCCAGCACCUCUCCCACGCGGCUCAUGGACCCCCGGUCCAGCUCCCCCCCCACCCCUCAGGGCUGCAGCCCCCCGGCAUCCCUCCGGUGACGGGCUCGGGCUCCGGCCUGCUGGCCCUGGGGGCGCUGGGGAGUCAGGCCCACCUGCCGGUGAAGGACGAGAAGAACCACCACGACCUGGAGCACAGAGAGCGAGAAUCCAGCACGAAUAACUCCGUGUCGCCGUCCGAUAGCCUGCGAGCAGCCAGCGAGAAGCAUCGCGGCUCCUCUGACUACGGCAUCGACACCAAGAAACGCAAAGUCGAGGAGAAAGACAACAUGAGCAGAUAUGACAGCGAUGGAGACAAGAGUGAUGACCUGGUGGUCGAUGUGUCCAAUGAGGACCCCGCUACACCCCGCGUCAGCCCGGCACACUCGCCCCCCGAGAACGGUCUGGAUAAAUCGCGGGCGCUGAAGAAAGACGCCCCCAACAGCCCUGCCUCUGUGGCCUCCUCCAGCAGCACCCCCUCCUCCAAAACCAAGGAGCUCGUUCACAACGACAAGUCCUCCACCCCCGGCCUGAAAUCGAACACGCCGACGCCGCGGAAUGACGCCCCCACCCCUGGCACGAGUACCACCCCCGGGCUGCGGCCCAUCCUGGGCAAGCCCCCCGGUAUGGAGGGCCUAGGCCCCGCCCUGCGGACUCCCCUCUCCAUCUCGGGGUCCUAUGCUGCGCCUUUCGCCAUGAUGGGGCACCACGAGAUGAACGGCUCCCUCACCAGCCCGGGGGUCUACGCGGGCCUGCACAUCUCCCCCCAGAUGAGCGCGGCGGCGGCGGCGUACGGGCGCUCUCCCAUGGCCGGGUUUGAUCCUCACCCCCACAUGAGAGCCCCGGGCCUCCCUGCUAGCCUCACCUCCAUCUCGGGCGGCAAACCGGCGUACUCCUUCCACGUCAGCGCGGACGGGCAGAUGCAGCCGGUGCCCUUCCCGCCCGACGCCCUGAUCGGCCCCGGCAUCCCGCGCCACGCCCGGCAGAUCAACACGCUGAGCCACGGCGAGGUGGUGUGCGCCGUCACCAUCAGCAACCCCACGCGCCACGUCUACACCGGCGGCAAGGGCUGCGUCAAGAUCUGGGACAUCAGCCAGCCGGGCAGCAAGAGCCCGGUGUCGCAGCUGGACUGCCUGAACAGGGAUAACUACAUCCGCUCCUGCAAGCUCCUGCCGGACGGCCGCACGCUGAUCGUCGGGGGCGAGGCCAGCACUUUGACCAUCUGGGACCUGGCCUCCCAGACGCCCCGGAUCAAGGCCGAGCUGACCUCCUCGGCCCCGGCCUGCUACGCGCUGGCCAUCAGCCCCGAUGCCAAAGUCUGCUUCUCCUGCUGCAGCGACGGCAACAUUGCGGUGUGGGACCUGCACAACCAGACCCUGGUCAGGCAGUUCCAGGGGCACACGGACGGCGCGAGCUGCAUUGAUAUCUCUCACGACGGCACCAAGCUGUGGACCGGUGGGCUGGACAACACGGUGCGCUCGUGGGACCUGCGGGAGGGGCGACAGCUCCAGCAGCACGACUUCACCUCGCAGAUCUUCUCUCUGGGGUACUGUCCUACUGGGGAGUGGCUAGCUGUGGGCAUGGAGAGCAGCAAUGUGGAGGUCCUGCACCACACAAAGCCCGACAAGUACCAGCUGCACCUGCACGAGAGCUGUGUGCUGUCUCUCAAGUUUGCGUACUGCGGUAAAUGGUUUGUGAGCACUGGGAAAGACAAUCUACUGAAUGCCUGGAGAACUCCCUAUGGAGCCAGCAUAUUCCAGUCCAAGGAAUCCUCCUCGGUUUUGAGCUGUGACAUUUCGGCAGAUGAUAAGUACAUCGUCACAGGCUCGGGCGACAAGAAGGCCACAGUGUACGAAGUGAUCUACUAGCUGGUGGAAAUUGCCAAGGACCUGGGUAUCCAUUACCUAGGGGAGCUACUCGAACCCCCCUGCCUCCUCCCUACACUGACCGAGGGGGGAGUUGUUGCAGACUCGGGGUGGGGCGGGGUGGCACUGCAGCUCGGCUCGGACCCCCGCUGGCUGUGGCACCGAGUCCAUCUGCCCGAGCACCACCAAGGACACGAGACACGCCAGGGGUGAGCAGCAGCAGCCAUCGGCCUCUUCCAGACUGCCAGGAGCUCCUGAGGCACCGUAGCAGAGAAUAGUCUUUUUGUUUGUGUUUUUUUUUUCUUUUCCCUGGGAUUGUGGAAGAUCAUCUUUUUUUACUCUUGAGGACAUUCUGUAACGCAACCUGAAGCAGCGCUUCGAUUUUUGUGUUUUUUUUUUUUCCAGCCACGCUCCUGUGCUCCUUGGACGUCUUUUGUGAAAAGUGUAAAUAAUGGAGUAUUAAAGACACUUUUAUAUAUAUAUAUAUUUGCGUGUCUCGGUACACUUGUGAUGGGUUUUCUCUCGUCCGUUGUCACUGGGGAUGGAAGGUAGCAUUCUUCUUUUUUAAUUUUUUUUUAAAUGCAUUUCAGGCUAAAUCUCAUUGAAAGCAAGUGGGUUUAUUCUAAUUUUUGUGGAAUUUAUUGAACUGGAAAAUAUGCAGAUUUUUAAAACAUUUUUAAAAAAAGAGGAAAACGAUGGUUUCCGGAUGUCCUCCUGGUUAUUAUGGAUGUGUGCGGCUGAAGCUCUUGCCAAGGGACCCUGUUUGUGCGGCUGCUGUGUGGGCUGACCUGAGCUCUGCUCGGCCUCGAGGAAGAAGCUUGCUGAAGGACCGGCCUUGGCGUGGGGGGGGAGGGGCAGGCGGCUGCAAGGGUGCCGUGGAGCAAGAACCUUGCAGCUUCACAAACAUUGUAAAAUUGGGGUCACGUGACUGUUUGCCCUUGGCCCCGUUUCUUGAUUUUACCGGCGAUUUACAAGAAGGCAGAGCCCAGGCUCUUGGUGGAAUUCAAUCGUCUCUCCCUCUGGAAUGAGCAAGAACCUACUGAUCUGAAGGGUGACGGUGUUCUUUUCUGGGAUCGGUCUGGAUUCCUGGUGUUAGUCUGGUGUAAUUAGCCUGUGGGUGUUUCCCGAAGAGCUCGCAGGGAUCUGCCGUAGUGUAGCCUGUAUAUGCAGUAGGGUCGUGCGGUUUUGCAGCCAGCGUUUAUCCUACUGCAGUGCUGGCCUGGCUUGAGUUGCUCCUUCAUAUGGUUUUGAGGGAUGGGCUAAGGAUCUUCCUUGUGAGCUAUGCUCCGCGGUUUCGGUUAUGGCCGUUUCUCCUGCCACGCCUCGGAAGAGCCUAGAAUGUUGAAAAGGCGAUGCACUGAGGAUCCCCCAGUGCGAUGUGGGGCGCCAGUAGGAACCAUGCUGCAUUUCGAGUGUGCAACCAAGUGCAACCACUGUCCUGGCACGGCCAUCGUAAACCUGUUUCUUGAGCAGUUUUUCAUGUCUUCAGGGGAUUCAGGUAUUAAAGUGACAAAUCUUUUUUUUUUCUUUUGAGUUGGUGGUUAAACAGUCAGUAGCUCAGAUCUGAGCUGGUCCCGUCUUGUCUGCCUUCAGGUGACUUAGGUUGCUGUGGCCCACACUCAGAGUAGUGAAUGAUUCCCCUUUUCUGAGGCAGUGCAGUACAUCCAUUGCUGUAUGGAGCCCUGUGAAACCUUAGUGUCCAUCCAUAGACUCAACUGAAGAGCUUUUUAUUUUUUGCUUUAUUAUUGUCACUUUUUUUAAUAUGGAAAUUUCAGAUCCAUGAAGCCUUUUAUAUACAUUUUGUCCGGUUCUGGACUUUAGUGUUGGACCCUACCAGUCCUGAAAUCGCUUCGGCUCGUGAAGUGUGAUGGGUGACAGAAGUGCAAAAGUUGAACGUUUCCCGAAAGGCGAAAUCCUGCAGCCCUGAUUCCCCAGCCACCUCACCCCCACAGCAACCUCCUUCCUCCCCUUCAGUCUAAGGAGCUAGGGAGUUGGGUUCAAAGUGUCAGCAACUUACUGUCUCAAACUCACACCAAAGUAUGUAGCAAACUUUGUCAUCACUGAAGAUAAUGUACAGUUGUUAAUAAUUCAAUAAACUGUUUUUGUACAAAAAAAA